CACAAAAAAAAUUAAUAAAGGGAAUCUGAAUUUACCCAUGGAAAACCAUAUUAUAAUGUACGACAUUAGCGCUCAUCUAGAACUGUAGUUUUUUAAACUAAAACCUAACCUACAAUCUAAAAUAAUUGAAAAGAGUAAACAAAUCAAGAAAGAGGUUAGCAAUGGCCAAAAGUUAUUGGUCAACAGGAUUAAUUAAAACACUAAAUGAUCCGAACAACCAUAUAAUAUCAAAUGAAGUUGGUGUUGUUAUUAAAGACAAAUUCCCAAAAGCCAUGCACCACUAUUUGGCUUUGCCCAAGGAAGAUAUCCCAAGUAUUUUCCAUUUAAAACCUUCACAUUUAGAUCUUCUCUCCGAGCUCUAUUUUUUAUCACUCAACGUAAUUGAAGUAAAAAACCUGCAAAAAGAGAACUUCAAGUUUGGAUUUCAUGCUCAACCCAGCAUGCAGAGACUGCAUUUGCAUGUGAUUAGUAAGGACUUCGUUUCACCUUGUUUAAAAACAAAAAAACAUUGGAACAGCUUUAACACCAAACUGUUUUUGCCAUUCGACGAACUGGUUAAAGAUUUAAAAGAGAAUGGUGGAAUUUUGAAAAUGGACAAAGACUAUCUCAAGGAAUUGGAACUCACAGAACUUAUAUGCAACCAAUGCAACCACAAAACAAAAACUGUGCCUGAUCUCAAGAAGCAUUUAUUGACGCAUUUAAAGAAUAAUAAAAUACAGUAAUUUUAAGUAGAAAUAAUAGUAAAAUGUUUAAUAAAUUAUAUCUGAACGAUUGAUUUAA